UGCGGGGCCCGCGCCGGGCGCUGCAUCGUGGUGCACGGAGCCGGCUCUUUUGGGCAUUUCCAAGCGAAGGCACAUGGUCUGGCUUCAGGGUCACCGACGAACAGUGAAAGUCUACGACAGGGGCUGUGUCUGACCAGGAUUUCUGUCACCAAGCUGAACCACAUGGUGACAGAACAGCUGGUGAUGUGUGGAGUCCCAGCAGUGGGCAUUUCGCUCUUUGGAGCCUGGAGGACAGCAGGCAGGAAAAUCACCCAGGCUGGUAUUGCUGCCAUAAGGGACUCCUUGGAAGCAGGAUACAUCCCAGUCCUUCAUGGGGACUGUGUUCUGGACUCGGAGCAGCACUGUAGUAUCUUAUCUGGUGACACAAUCAUUGAGGUUCUGUCCCGUGAAUUCUCACCGAAGCGAGUGGUGUUUCUCACUGAUGUCGAUGGAAUCUAUGAUCGUCCACCUGAUACCCCAGGUGCCACACUGGUGGAUUCCAUUGCUGUCAAUGCUGAUGGAAGCAUAGACCCACCUGUGCUCACAUCUGCACUGCCACACGAUGUAACUGGGGGGCUGGCCCUGAAGUUACAGACUGCAAUCAACAUAGUUACUCAGAGUAAUGGCUCCAUCCCUGUGCUGAUCUGUAAACUUGAAAGCGAAGUGGCCAAACGAGCCUGUUUAACUGGAGAGCUUAGAACAGGUGAAGGCACAAAACUCUUCCUCCGGCAGACUGAAGAAACCACUUCUGUAAUAGCCUCUGGUUGGGCAGGAUGAUCAGCAAAAAUACAUUGCAAAUAUUCACUCCUUAACUUACUCCCGACUUCCAUAGGUGCCCCCAGCUAAAUGGUGACCCCAGCUAAAAUGUCUCUUGGCAGAGGAGUCCUUUCUCCUCAUUCAUUGGCAAUUAGGAGAGUCCAGUUUAGAUUUUCAUGCAUCUGUUCUCUAGCCCAGGCUUGACCUGAAUGGUUAAAUCCCUUGCUAGUUUUUCUUACAUAUAUCUUUGCUUAAAGAGGCAUAUAAAGCUACAUGGAGAACACAGGUUGUUUUCAGCUGGGAAAUGGGCUCAAGCUUUUCUCCUGGGGAUUAAUAAUGUAAUGUUAGCACAGUGAUUUGAUGCUGUGAAACACUGUGUAAAUGCCAAGUAUUAUUUGUGCAAUAGAGAGGGAGCUUUCAUUCCAAUUCUUAGACUAUAUAAUUCAUUACAAGCUGAUGUGUCCGAAAUUCCUUUCUUCUGCUGCAAGCUGCUUGGCCUUCAUGUUUCUACUUAAGCAUCUCUGCCAAAAUGUUAGAUUGAGGUGCUUAAAUUUUAGUUGCGUAGGUCUAUAUUCUUAAAUAAGAAGUCAAAGCUGUUCACCACUCCUUAUCUAGAUGCUCACAUGAAGUAUUCAAGUGCCUCACAGAUAAUAGCAAUCUUUGUCUCACAGGCUGCAUCCAGAUGAGCGCAGCUGCGUAGUAUGUGGUGCCACAGACCACACAUUCAGCUGUUCUCCAUGCUGCAAGGAACAACAUACAGGGGAGUGUUGACCCCUGGAUGUCCAGGGGGUCAUUCAAACCUGCACAAAAAAAGCAGAGCGGUGCAUGCAGGGCAUUGCAUGUUGCUCAGAAUCAGAGCCUGGCUGGCCAAAGCCAUGCUCCAGCUGCCGGCCAGGCUCCGAGCAGCAGGCUUGCUGCUGCAGCAGCCCCAGGAGGCCCCCAGAGCCCCAGGUUAGGCUGUUGGGGCCAGCCCAGUGCUGGCCCCAGCCUUCCCUACCCCACCCAGUGUAACCUGCCACACACCAGAGGGCACGUGACAUAGGUGUUCCCCGGAGACAGUUAGCUGCAGCACAAGGUGUGCUGCAUGUAGUUGUCACCAGGGAAUCAAAUGUCCAUGCUCAUGUGGACACGGCCACACUGUCCCUGUGAUACAGUUCACAUGUAUUCCAGUUUUACAGCUGGGGAGGAAUGACUCUGAAAGACUAAGGUUCAAGUUUUCAGAAGAGCUUACCACGGGUACACAAUUGUGUGCCGUGUACUUUCAGAAAUCUAGCUAAGGUGCAUCAACCUUGCAUUAUUUUGCACAAUUACAAUUUUGAUGGUUGUAUUCUCUGAUGUUCGAGUUUGCUGUGGUAUGUCACACAAGCCACGCAAAGCAAUCAGAGCUUACUUGUUCGGUAAGUUGAGUUUACAACUGCUUUAUAUUUCUAGGGCAGAGCAAAGAAGGUGGAGUAUGCAUCUUUGACUUGCCCUGCCUCCUAUUUUCCAGAUCCCCCGCCUAUCAUAUUCCUUUGUGUACUCACGCAAGAAUAUGUGCUAUAAACACAGUGCCCUUCUUCCUUUUUUUCAUUCUCUUGAGUUGAACUGAUGCAAAGAGUAGCUUUGAACAAGAAGGAUUUAGGAUGAAUGGUAAUGUCUGGUGUUACUUUUCAUAACCAAAAGUUCAUUUGGUAGCCAUGAUUGGUGUGUAAAAAUCCUCUACUUUAGAAAAACUGACAGAAAAUUGCCUUACUUAAAAAAAUACUACCCUCUUCAUUUUCUACAAUAGGGCUAAGGCUAUUAAAGCCCUACGACUUUUUCUUUUCAGUGAAAUUGAAGCUAGAAACUACCUUUAAAAUAUAGACCCUCAGAUAAUUCUAAACCUAAUUUUCCUUUCACUGUGUGUACUGCCAAGUUUCUUCAUUUUUCUAGUUUUGGCCAGUGAAAAUAUGCUAGUAAAUUUUGUUUUAUCUUUAGUAUCUGGUCAGUUCCUUUCCCAUGUUCCCAUGCUUGAGAAAAGGAACCAUUUGUGUUGAGCUUAAUAGUUGUAAAUGUUUCAGUUUUGCUGCCAAAUUUGCCAUGAAACUUUUUUUUUUUUUUACUACUUUGCUUUUUGGGAGGAAUUAUAUUGGAAGGAAUUAUAAUGUCGAUUUUUAUCACAGCCAUCAAUAUUUGUGUUGUAUGUAAAACUGGUUGUCGCUUAUGGAAAAAACAAUGAUGAUUUAAUAGCUGUAGUUACAAAGAGCACCUCAAGAAGGUAACAGAUGAUGAAUGCUUUGUGUACUUGCAGUGUAUUUUAUUUUAAAAACAAACUAGUUUAGAGGACAGCUGCAUUCAGUGUGUGCCCAUCUGUGCUGGUCAACAAAACACAAGUGUAUGUAUACACAUUGGUGCAUGAAUUUUAAUUUGACACUUUUUGAAGGAAAAGUAGAAUGAAGUAAAUUACAUCAAAUUUAAAAGCCUGUUCAAUUAGGGCAAAGACCUAGUCCAUGAAGCUAUAUCCAUUAAGUGACAUACUGGGCCUGCUCUUCGGCUCAUGUAAAUCAGCAAAGUUGUCUUAAUUUCAGUGGCUGAAGAAGGGUGUUUGUACCUGAAAGCCUGCAAAAGAGAAAAUGUCCUGCUAUUUUAGUUAGUCUAAUAAAAGAUAUUGUAUUUAC